AUGUGCGAUUAUAUACAACGAGAGUACUCGUGCGGCCACUUCCGGUGGAUUGCCUCCAAGUGGUGCCGGGACUACACCACCACCCACAAGAGGUGUCAACCCAACAUCGCGUACUUUGAGGAUAAAGCAGAGGAGCUUUGCGGCGAGUGCAUGCCGAGGGAGGACUGUCCAUGGGAGUACAUGAUCAAGCGUCCCAAUUAG